UUUGUACAACAUCAUCAGUUUUGUCUAUAAUGAACAGCAAUUUCCAGAUCAUAUUUUGUUUAAAGGAUAGACAUAAGGCAUCCAAAUUAUAAGAGAAUUCUCAUUAGUACCUCCCUAAAGCAAGUCAUAUUUAUGAAAAUAAAUCUUAGGAAUAUAUUUUAGUAUAUGAAUAUCACCAACUAGCACAUUAUUAUCAAAAAAAAAAAAAAAAAAAAAAAGAAGAUCAGCAUUAAGUAAGAUAUGGUCAAUUUUAAUUUGAAUAUCCUAAUUGUAGUUGUCUGAUUCCUAAUCACUAUAUUUAAUUUAAUUAAUUAAAUGAAAAUACUCUCUCUACCAGCCCCUUAGCCUCCACCAACAGCCAUUUAAAUAUCAACCCAUUGUGCAUCUAUCUUAACAUAUUCCAACAUAAUACACACAACUUGUGCAAGAACAACAUCAAGUGUUGUCUUAAACCCUAAAGUACUCCUAAAACUCAUCCCACAAUCAUGAAGUUCAUCAACUUAGCCCUUUGUUGCUUCUUCUUCAUCAUUUUUUUCUUCUCAAAACCCUCUCUUCAAGCUUCUCCUCCUGCACCUUCAAUAAACCCUAGACUUUUCAAUGCUUACAUUGCUCUUCAAGCUUGGAAACAUGUCAUUACUUCCGACCCAAGAAACUUCACGAGGAAUUGGUAUGGAUACAAAGUUUGCAACUACACCGGAGUUUACUGUGCUCCGGCUCCAGAUAACCCUAAAAUCACCACUGUCGCUGGAAUUGACCUCAACCAUGCAAAUAUCUCUGGCUACUUGCCUGAAGAUCUUGGUUUGUUGACUGAUUUAGCUGUUUUUCAUAUAAACUCCAACAGAUUUGUUGGCACUAUCCCAAAAUCUUUUUCGAAACUUCGAGUUCUUUAUGAACUUGACGUGAGUAACAAUCUUUUGUAUGGUGAAUUUCCUUCGGUUGUUCUCUCUCUUCCUUCUUUGAAGUUUCUUGAUAUUAGGUACAACCAAUUCAAAGGAAAUGUCCCUUCAAAACUUUGGGAUCGAAAACUCGAUGCCCUUUUCAUAAACAACAACGAUUUUCAGUUUGCAUGGCCCAAAAACUUCGGAAAAUCAACCGUUUCUGCUUUGGUCAUGGCAAAUAUUAAAGUCAGGGGAUGUAUACCACCAAGUAUAGCAAAUAUGUCGCAAACCCUAAAUGAGAUUAUCCUCUCGAAUGCUGGCUUAAAUGGAUGUUUGCCAGAAGAAUUAGGGUUGUUGAAAAAUGUGACGGUUUUUGAUGUGAGUUUUAACAAUCUUGUUGGAAAGUUGCCAGAGACAAUUGGAGGUAUGAAGAAAUUGGAACAUCUCAACGUGGCACAUAACAAGCUCUCGGGAGAGAUUCCGGCUAGUAUUUGCUCGUUGCCAAGGUUGGAGAAUUUCACCUACUCAGAUAAUUAUUUCUGUGUUGAACCGAAGAUUUGUCUCAAGUUGAAGGACAUAGAUGAUAAGAAGAAUUGUAUACCCUAUCGGCCAUCACAACGUUCAGUCAAUGAAUGUAAGACAUUUUAUUCACAGGGUCCAGUGGAUUGCAGUUCAUUUGGUUGUAGCUCAAGAUCUCCUCCACCACCACCACCGUCACCUCCACCACCGUCACCUCCACCACCACCACCUCCUCCACCACCAACACCACCUCCUACAAAAUCACAUUUUUACCAUUAUCCUUGAUUGACGAUCAGUUGUGUUUCUUUGACUUUGGUUUGCUUUUACGUGGUUGGAUAGGUAUUGAACUAUAAGGGGAAAAGGAAAUUAAAAAAAUCAGGUUGUAUCAUUGAAUAAAUUAAGUACAUUUAAGAAAGGUAGACUUUCUCUUUUUAAAUGUUUUUUUUUUUUUGGUUUACUUUUGUUAUAUGCAUAAUUGACUUUGAUUAUGUCGUACUGAUAAGGGAUUAGAUUUGUAUUUUAUUUCCCCGUU